AUGGGUUGGUGUUGUUGCUACAAACCCACAUUACUCAUCAUUGUUUUCACAUUCUUCAUUUCUCAACCUUACGCAGUCAAAUUCUCACUUCCUUUUAUUUGGCCUCUCCCUGCUAAAUUCGCAUUCGGUAAUGAAACUCUUUCCGUUGAUCCAACACUUUCUCUCAUCGGAAGCAGUGCUAACUCGCCUAUUCUCAAAGCUGGUUUUGAUAGAUUCAAAGGGAUAGUGUUCAGUAACGGUUUUGUUAGAACAGGCAAAGCUGUUUACAAUGUUAACAAGUUGUAUGUCGUUGUUCAUAAUAAAAGUGAAGAGCUUCAACUUGGAGUUGAUGAAAGCUAUAAUUUGCUCAUUACUAAAGCAACCGGUUCUGGCAAAAUGACCAUUGAGGCAAAUACUGUUUUUGGUGCAUUGCGUGGAUUAGAGACGUUAAGCCAAUUGUGUUCUUUUGAUUAUUCAACGAAAAUGGUACAAAUAUACAAGGCACCUUGGUCCAUCCGUGACAAACCAAGAUUUCCUUUUCGCGGGCUCAUGUUAGAUACAUCAAGACACUAUUUCCCAGUUAAUGUUAUUAAGCAGAUAAUUAAAUCUAUGUCAUAUGCCAAACUUAAUGUUUUACAUUGGCACAUUAUAGACGAACAGUCAUUUCCUCUUGAAGUACCUUCAUAUCCGAACUUGUGGAAAGGUUCAUACUCAGAGUGGGAACGAUACACAAUUGAGGAUGCAUAUGAAAUUGUCAACUUUGCCAAAAUGAGAGGUAUAAAUGUGAUGGCCGAAAUGGAUGUCCCUGGUCAUACAAAGUCAUGGGGUAUUGGAUAUCCAGAUGUUUGGCCGUCACCCUCGUGUAAGAGCCCACUCGAUCUUUCAAAGGAGUCUACCUUUGAUGUACUUUCUGGCAUUAUGACAGAUAUGAGAAAAAUAUUCCCCUUUGAACUAUUUCACUUGGGUGGUGAUGAAGUGAAUACAGAUUGUUGGACCAAUACUUCUCGUGUGAAUAAGUGGCUUCAGAAUCAGAACAUGACUGCUAAUGAUGCUUACGAAUAUUUUGUAUUGAAGGCGCAAAACAUUGCUCUUUCGAAAAAUUGGACUCCUGUGAACUGGGAAGAAACCUUCAAUUCAUUUGCGACAAAGCUCCACCCGCAAACUAUAGUGCAUAAUUGGUGGAGCUCCGGUGUUUGCCCAAAGGUUGUUGCAAAAGGCUUGAGGUGUAUUUUCAGUAACCAGCGUGUAUGGUAUCUUGACCAUGUAGAUGUACCUUGGGAUGUUGUCUAUAACGCCGACCCACUAGAAGGAAUACAGGAAGCUUAUGAACAAAAACUUGUGCUUGGAGGUGAAGUUUGCAUGUGGGGUGAGGUAGCUGAUACAUCAGAUGUUCAGCAAACCAUAUGGCCUCGAGCUGCAGCAGCCGCAGUUCGUCGGUUAGUUCCAAUAAGCUUGGACAAUUGGAGCGCGAAAAAAAAUAAAGAGGCUGUGGGGGUUUAUAAACAAAACAUUUGGGAUGAAAUUGAAAAAGCUUUUAUAAUUGGCGAGGAACAUCGUGCCUUUGUAUAUAGAGAAGCUGGAAAGUUGCACAGGGCAUUCAGAACAAAAAUGGCGAGGUCAUAUCUAAAAGAUAGUAAGGGUGGUUUUGUUAAACAUCGUCCGGCCAAAUAUUCUUUAUGUAUAAAACAAGAUGAUUGGGAUAAAUUUGUAGCCCAACAUAUGACUGCAAAGUUUCAGGAGAAGUUAACAGAAGCUCUAUCUGAAGAAGAGAGACAAGACCUUGGUCCCACAAACAUAUUAUUUGAGGCUCUUAAUCUCCCAAACUACUCUGGACGUGUUAGGACUUAUGGUUUUGGGGUAUGUUCUAGGGACAUAUUACCACGCCAAAAUCGCCCCACACAAAUGGAUUUUGAAAAAUUGUAUGGCUUUUGUAAUUCACUCAAAAGUAUAUUGGAGGUGAACAAUUGGUUAAGUGCAUCUAUGAUAUUUGGAAACAAUAGGAUUUGGUAA